AUGUCCUUGGGCGCCUGCGCGUCCGUCUUUGAUGUAUGGACUGGCUCCGCGACUCGCUUUCGGCUUCAGUUUGUCGACGACCGCCGUACAAAAGAGUUGCGCUGGGUGCUUUUCGCCUCUUCGCAACGUGGUGCGGUUGGAAAACUAAUCUUCACGCUGGAAAAAAGUGCGACCGCACAUGUGAAGUCACUGACGGUGGACCCAGCGUUUCGGGGCGUUGGGUUGGCCCGUGUGCUCUAUCUCGCGACACUUGCUACGUUAGAGAAGUGCCACGUGCAGGUCCUGUAUUUAGAGGCCGAAGAGGACUCUAACCGUUACGGCAAACUCGUGGGACUCUAUCAGGGCUGGGGAUUCACUGAACUGCCCGACAGCAAUGUGCUUUAUCUGUACAAUGGCAACGAGUGUCUUCGCAAAGUGCCAAUGGUGUCCGUGUUCCAACCCGACGCUUUCGUUCCCCUUCGCUCGAGCGAAAGUGAUUGGUUUGUUAUGCUGACGUUAGAGACGUCCGAUGGCACGUGUCUCAUGGCACAAGACAAUGGCGAUAUUGUGACGGGCAGUUCGAAGAAACCCAAUACGUGCAUGUGGCAAACGAUGUUCAGUGCCUUUGGAGACAUAUGUCUUCGCAGUGUCUAUGGGAAGUUCUUGUGUGUGGAAGAAACUGGUAGGAUCGUAGCCGACCGACGCGUGAAUUCAACGUGGGAGACGUUCCAAGUUGUGCCACAGCACGGGGAGGAAGCUGGCGGUGUGGCACUGCGUAGCUUCCACGGGAGCUACCUAGGCAUCGAGCCAGUAUCAAAACAAGUCCAAGUGUCGGACGAUCCCGUGCCUUGGGACGGUGGGGACAUGAUGUCGCUCGUCUGCAACAAGAUGGACCCGCACCCGCUGUUUGUAAAAAUCAUGCGGAAGUACCAGACAACAGCUUUUGUGAACAGCCAAGUGGCCAAGUACGGGCACUUGCAACACGCACAGAUGUCGGUGCUCGAAGCUUGCAAAUUUGUGAUGGCGCUCACAGGAGACAUGGACCGGGGGGCGAGUUGGGUGAUCAAGUACAUGGUGGCCACGGCAAGUGCCGUGAAGGAAGACGGCCACCCGGACUGGCUGCAACUUGCCGUGUUUCUUCGUGCGUUAGGGAUGGUGUUUCUGUGCUGGACCGACGAGGACAACAUUGCACUACGUAGUGUUUCAGCACAAGAGUGGCUGACGAAGAACUCGGCGUGGGUUGUUGGCGAGGCUAUACCGAGAUCCAUUGCGUUUCCAGAGCUGAACAAGCUCAACGUGGACCACUGCAAAGCUGAGAAGGCUGGACGUAGUGCGACUCGACAAUGUGGGCUCGCAAGCGUAACGUUGCCGUGGACACCGGACGAAUAUCUGUACUGCGUGUUGUCUCACAACAGGACCACGCUGCCUGCAGAAGCUCUAGAUGUCGUCCGUUAUUGGUCAUUCAGAACGUGGCACGAACAAGACAAUUACAGUGAGUUGUGCACACCUCAGGAUAUGGACACAAAGGAGUGGAUCAGCUCGCUUGGUAAAGUGGCUGCUGUAUCCGAGCACACGGUGCAGAACUGUGAUGUCAAUAGUGCGCUGCAUUAUUGCCUACAACUUGCCGAGAAGUAUCUACCGGAGACACUACGCUGGUGA